AUUCUGUCAAGCCAACAGAUUCUAAACAUAGAGUUCGGGAGCCAAAAAUAGCACCCACGUGAAAUUUUUAUGUCAGUUUGUCUCGAACACAAAACGAGAUUCUUGCAAAACGCGAGCAAGAGAGAAUUGGUUGGAGUUUGCGAGUUCGGCUGUUGGGUGAGAUUGUGGGGUCACAACAUUGCCAGGCAGCUAGCAACACUGCCUUCUACCGACCGAGUCUGAUAAGAAGGCAAAUAGCGCCCAAAACAUUCGCCCAUGCACCUCACCGGAGAUCGGACGUGUUUUUGCACGUGCUAUCGCACCCCGUUUGUUUCCAGCAUCCAGAGUCCAGCAUCGUCAUCGUCGUCGUCGUACGCCGCGCACCAGGUUCAGGAUUGGCAAUCGUAAGAGACCACCUGCCAGCCAAACCAUCAUCCGAGGGUUCCCCCGGGCUGUGUCGCGCGAAACUAUCGGCCGCUCAUUCGCGUUUCAACCGUCAACCGUUUAAGGUGCACGUUCUUUUUCGCACAAUUCGAUCGCAGCACUGUGCUUGUUGUGUUUUGUAUUUUGUUUCGGUUUGGCACAUCUGCACUGGUGAUGCAUUUUAAAGGCAUUUUAAAUUUCUACAACUAAUCGUAGAAGGCUUCUGUUAAACGUUCGAAGCCCUCAUCAUUGGGACGUGCUCUAGCAAGCGCCUACUUGGAUACGCGGAAUUCACCUGAUUCUAGUAGUGUACUGAUGAUGAUUGCUCCAAUGAAACGCAAUCGGUGCUGUUAAAGUUUAUACUGUUGAUGAGAUAAGCAUUUAAAGUGGUUGUUUUGUUAAAAAGAAAAAGAGUAACGCACGAUAGGUUUUAAGAGUGUCUGCGAUUAUCUCAAACGUCGUGUAUUGACAUUGUUGUCAAGUGUUGCUCCAUCAGUGGUCAGUGUAAAACAAUUGCUUCUAGUGUAUGUUCUUCAACGGGGAAAAUUAUUCGAUUAUUUGCUAAGCGAUAACGAUACAGUUAAGCAACCCACCUACCUGUCCCAAAAGCUUUUGUGAACGUGAAAGAAAUUAUGUGCUCAGUGUGUAAUUCUUCGAACAAUGCACUAAUACAGCAAUUGAUAAAAUAGAAGCGCGGCGAUUGAAAUCUGGCGGUCGAGUGUAAACAACAACGGAUUACAGUUCGGUCAAGCAGAGCGGCGAGCCACAACAAAUCACUUUUCAACCAGUUGAAACUUUGCAAUAUCAUCCUCCUGCAGUAGACGCCAUGCUUUUGCUUAGCACCAAACAGAGAAAAAAAACUGCUAGUUCCUGAUACCGAAAGUGCGCCAAGAAUGCAACACAGCUUGUAGCGGAAGGAAAAAACGACAAAAUCUCUCCAGCAUCGAUAUUCUUCAUCUCUAUGCUGCUGCUGCUUUCAUCCGAAAACUUACACCAUCUUCCGGCGGAAUAAGAAAACGAAUUCGAACGGGAAGGAAGUGGCUCCCUACUACUGAAAGCUUCCCAGGAAAUCGGAAGGAAGCGAGUCCUUGAAGGCGGUUCUGAGUUGGAAUUUUCUGCAAAGCCAAGCAAGCAAUAGUAGUGAAUCAACAUUCUCGUGCAUUUUAUUAAUAUUUAACGAGGCUGAAAACUGGGAAUCGGAAAUCGGAGGUACACACAGGAAAUGAGAAACCAGGAGAUGUGAUGAUGCUGAUGAUGACGACGAUGAUCAUUAGGAUGCAACCGGUAUCGAUUAUGUGUCUAUUUUGGGCGCACUAGUUGGAAUCUGCUUGAGAGUGCAGGGGAAAAAAGAAGCUGCUCGAAUCAGCGUCCUCUAAAAGCACGUGUCAUAAAUUGGGUGAACGUUAUUGGAAUCCAAAACUAGCAAAUCCAAGCUCCCAAACCAAAAAAAAAAAAAUAUAGUAGAAUAAAUGACAAUAAUACUAGUACCUUAUAGAUAAUAGAUUCUACUCCAGAUGUAAUCUAUUUAGAAGCAACUAUUUAUCAGUAUUUCCUGUAAUUGCUGAAAGCCUUUACAAAAGAUACCAAAAAUACUAAAAGUAAAACUAACUCAACGUGUAGCAGACAAUACCCUACUCUAUAGUGACUAACGCUUAGUAGAAAAGAAGUAUAAUUGAAGUUAGAACCUUAGAAAAAUAACUAUAAAAAAAACCCACCUUCACUGUAACGUCAUAAAACAUCAAGAAUACUAUUCUCACAACAUGGAUCUUAAGCACUCGAACGUACCGGAAGUGACUGUAGUUGCUGAUGCCUACAUGCCCGGCAGCAAAUCUUCCGAUCUCAUCAAACCACCCAUCAAUGGAUCCAGUGCAACGCUCGAUAAACCUGCUCUACAACCUGGCGAGUUCCGGGUCUACAAACGGCGAUGGCUGGUGCUGGCCAUUUUUGUGAUGUACUCGGCCUCGAAUGCGCUCCAGUGGAUCCAGUACAGUAUUAUAGCGAAUAUCGUUCAAAAAUACUACGACAUCACCAGCACAUGGGUCGACUGGACGUCGAUGAUCUUUAUGAUCCUGUACAUUCCGCUCAUCUUUCCGGCCAGCUGGAUCCUGGAUAAGUUGGGUCUCCGGAUUGCAGCCAUCGCCGGUGUCUUGGGCACCUGUUUGGGGGCCUGGAUUAAGUGUUUCUCCGUGCAACCGGAUCUCUUUUGGGUCGGCUUCAUGGGUCAAUCCGUGGUGGCCGCGUCGCAGGUGUUCAUUCUCUCGCUUCCGGCCAAAGUUGCCGCGGUCUGGUUCGGCCCCGAUCAGGUCUCCUCGGCUUGCAGUAUUGGCGUUUUCGGGAAUCAGCUCGGUAUCGCGGUUGGCUUUUUGGCACCUCCAUUGUUGGUGCAGAAUCACGAUGACUUGGAUCUGAUUGGCAGUGACUUGAAGCUUAUGUUCUACCUCGUUGCCGGAUUCACCAGCCUGCUGGUCGUGCUGGUCCUUGUCUUUUUCAAGGCCGCACCCCCGACUCCACCAUCUGCGGCCCAGGAAGCCACCAAAAAUCCGAACCCACUUCAAUCGUCGCCGUUCCUUCAUUCCAUCAAACGGCUGAUGCUGAACCGGAACUACAUUCUGCUGCUCAUCUCGUACGGCAUGAACGUCGGUGUGUUCUACGCCAUCUCGACCUUACUCAAUCAGAUUGUUCUCACCCACUAUCCGGGCCACGAGGUGGAUGCUGGCCGCAUCGGAGUCUGUAUCGUCUUUGCCGGGAUGCUGGGCUCGGUCGCCUGCGGAAUUGUGCUCGAUAAGACCCAUCGAUUCAAAGAAACGACAUUGGCCGUCUACAUUUUCACCAUGAUUGGAAUGUGGAUCUACACCUUCACCCUGUCGACCGGUCACAUCUCGGUGGUCUACGUCACAUCCUCCCUGCUGGGCUUCUUCAUGACCGGGUACCUGCCGGUGGGCUUCGAGUUUGCGGCCGAGCUGACCUAUCCGGAACCGGAGGGAACCUCGACGGGAUUGCUGAAUGCCGGCGCCCAGGUGUUUGGAAUUACCUUCACCAUGCUCUACUCGGAGAUUCUCAACGAUUACGGUGACAUUGCGGCCAAUGUGACGAUGGCCGUCAUGCUGCUGGUUGGCUCAGUUGUGACGGCCAUUAUCGGGUCGGAUUUGAGGCGACAGGCGGCUCAGAACCCAAAUGCCUAAGAGGUUGUCGCUGAGUGAGUUUAGAAGUGCUUGCACUCUUUUCUUAGUCCACGGUUUAAAAAAAACAGAAAGCUCACCACUUUGUAGUUGUUGUCAAUUUGGAUAAACGAGAGAUGCGGAAAUGAGAAGAUGAUUGUAGAAUAGCAAAAACCCAUAAACAGUUUUUCGGUCGAAAGCGAAUGAGGAAAUGCUCGAUUUAGAAAUAAAAAUCGAAAACGUGCAAUGAAUGGAAAUCAAAUUAGGUCAAGUCCAGACCGCAAAACACGACGACGCUCGGCCGGAAGGAAGGAAGGAAGUUUUUUUUGGGCUCCGGGAAAUAUUUGUUCCGACACCAUCUCACUCAGCCCGGAGCGAAGUUCUUUUGAUUUUUUUUUCUUUUUUCCGGUACAAUUUUGAGAUCCUUCUAAAAGAAAACUGACGGACAGGCGGCGUAGGACAGACAAAUAAGUGCAAAGGCAAUUAAAAUUAGCUUUUCAAGUUUUCACGCUUUUUCCCAUUUGGUUGUGAGAGAGCGAAUUUUCCGAACGAUGGAAGAAGAGGCUAAGUGGUUGGAAAAACGGUUUCCGGUUUUUGUUUGCGAAUGUUAAACUGUUGAAGUCAAAUAUUUUCGUUGUUUUUGAAGCCACUUUUUUGCCCGACUGGUGAACGGAUAACAUUUUUUACGAUCAGCGAGUGGCUCACGUUCGAAGACCUCCCUCGAGGGGGAAAACAGGCGCUCUAGAAGGCAAAAAAAAAGGAAACCGGAAGUCAUCUUGAGAUCGAGAGCCGGGUUUUAAGAGGAUGCAACAACAAAAAACUCAUCAGCAAAUUCAUAUGCAAUGCUUUUUUUUAUUCCCCUUCUGUGCGCGUUGAAGCUAUGUAUUGUUUCUGAUCGUCAAAUUGUUUCCGUUCAGAGUGAAGUAAUGCCAAGUUGAGUGGAAUCUGCCCUAGACAUUCCGUUGCAAUGGAUCAUUAAGCUUUACCCCGACUUUGUUCUGAUAAGCUCGUGCAUGGAAUAGUUUACAAAGUAUUUAUUUUUUGAGCGAUAAGAAUGGAACGUGUUGUAAA